AUGAGGUUGGAUCAGUAUACCUAUGUGUUCGUCAUCGGCACUCUGUUUGCCAUGCUCGAUGCCUUUAACAACGGAGCAAACGAUGUGGCCAACUCCUGGGCGACCAGUGUCUCGUCGAGAUCCAUCUCAUACCGACAGGCCAUGAUCUUCGGCACCAUCUUCGAGAUGCUGGGUGCCAUCACGGUCGGUGCACGAACUGCUGAGACCAUCAAGAACGGCAUUAUCCCCUCGUCGGCCUUCCGUGGAGAUGCCGGGGUGCAGAUGCUCGCUUUCACCUGUGCUUUGGCUGCCGCCUCCUCAUGGGUCAUGUGGUGCACACGACACUCCGCUCACGUUUCGUCGACCUACUCGCUCAUUUCCGCCGUUGCCGGUGUCGGUGUCGCGACUGUAGGUGCCAAUAAGGUCCAGUGGGGCUGGAACAACGGCAAGGGUCUUGGUGCCAUCUUCGCUGGCUUGGGAAUGGCGCCCGCCAUUUCCGCCGGCUUUGCUGCCUGUAUUUUCAUGCUCAUCAAGCUUGUGGUGCAUAUGCGCAAAAACCCCGUCCGAUGGGCUGUGUACACCUCGCCCUUCUUUUUCCUCAUCGCCGGCACCGUUUGCACACUUUCCAUCGUCUAUAAGGGCUCUCCAAAUCUUGGCCUGAACAAACGGCCUCCGUGGUACGUUGCAGCCGUCACGAUGGGCACUGGUGGUGGUGUGGCUCUCCUGGCAGCCAUCUUCUUUGUUCCUUUCGUGCAUGCCAAGGUAAUCAAGAAGGAUUACACCCUCAAGUGGUGGAUGUUCGUCAUGGGCCCCCUUCUCUUCAAGCGCCCAGCACCUCCUGAUGCGGACCAGGCCAGGGUUCCCAACUAUGCUGUUGUCCAAGAAGACGAGGAAGAGGAUCAUAACCCGGCUUCCCCCUCGAAGACCUCCACCAGUGAAUACGAUAACAACAAGGAAAUCGGAGAAGCCCCUGCUCAGAAGCCUGAGAACGAGCACGCAAAGGACCUUGCGAUGGUUGACGCUCCAGGUCCAACGUACAAGGAACUCGUGGCUCAAGGCGAGGCCAAGUUGCACGCCAAACUCCGAAAGAAGAAGGGCCCCAUCGGUUGGGCCAUGCGAACCCUCCAUGAGAACCCUAUGGGCCCUGGCCAGAUCUAUGAGUUCAGUAACAUGAAGAUCCUCGCAAAGCGUAUCCCCGCUAUGAUCGUCUGCGGUGCUCUCUAUGGUCUCCACUACGAUAUUCACGCUGCCCAGACCGGUAUUGCUGGAACUCCUGACGGCAAACGUAUGCAGCGUGUGUACGCCCAUGCUGAGAAGUACCCCAACGAAGUCGAGCACACCUACUCUUUCGUCCAGAUCUUGACAGCCUGCACUGCUUCUUUUGCUCACGGUGCCAACGAUAUUGGAAACUCCGUCGGUCCCUGGGCCGUCAUCUACUCUGCUUGGAACACGGGUAACGCUGCUGCUUCCAAGGCUCCUGUCCCUGUCUGGCAGCUCGCUGUCCUUUCCGCGACUAUCUCCGUCGGUCUCAUUACCUAUGGUUAUAACAUCAUGAAGGUCAUGGGUAACAAAAUCACCUAUCACUCACCUAGCAGAGGUUCCUCCAUGGAGAUGGGUGCCGCCAUCACUGUCCUUGUCUUCUCCCAAUUCUCUCUUCCCGUAUCUACCUCUAUGUGUAUCACUGGUGCUACCGUCGGAGUUGGUCUCUGCAACGGCACCAUCAAGGCUGUCAAUUUCCAGCGAGUGGGGCUCCUUCUCCUUUCGUGGAUCGCGACCAUCCCGGUUGCUGGAACCAUCGGAGGUGUCCUUAUGGGAUUGUUCCUCAAUGCACCUCACUUCAAACCAAAAUAG